AUGUUUCCAACAGCUAAAAAUAUCAAUAUUCAAUUACCAACUAUACUAUUCAAUUACCAACUAUACCGCCACGUGGAGUCACCUGGUUGGAAAUUGGGUUGGGAUUGGAAAGGCCACGAAGUGAUAUGGGGAAUGUGGGGAGCUGAGGCAACUGAGCAAGGAAACUGUACUAGGUUUAAAGGAACAACACUCCCACAUUGUUGCGAAAAAAGUUCGGUGAUUGUUAAUCUUUUGCCUGGAGUUUCUUACAAUAUGCAAUCUCAAAAUUGCUGCAAAUCGGGUGUUUUAACUUCCAUGAAACAAGAUCCUUCAAAGUAUGGUGCCACUUUCCAGAUGAACGUAGGUCGUUCUUCUCCUUAUUAUUCUACUCAGUCAGAUUUCGAAAUGCCGGAAAAUUUCACUCUUGGACUUCCUGGUUAUACCUGUGGAGCUGCACAUGAAGUGAAGCCUAGUAGAUAUUCUUCAGACAGCGGCCGGAGAUGGACCCAAGUUCUUAGGACAUGGAAUGUGACUUGCAUCUAUUCUCAGUUUAUAUCAGCAGCAACCCCAAUGCUGAUAUCAGCAGCAACCCCAAAAUGCUGUGUUUCCUUGUCGGCUUUUUACAAUGAUACUAUUGUUCCUUGCCCUAAAUGUAGCUGCAGAUGCCAAGAGCAACCUGGAGCAAAAUGUGUAAAGUAUGGAGAGACACCAUCUUUGCUGCGAGAAAAGCAAGAUUCAAAUGAUGCAACCCCAGAAGUAGUAAGGUGUACACAGCACAUGUGCCCUAUAAGGGUACACUGGCAUGUGAAAGAGAGUUAUAAAGAGUAUUGCAGAGUUAAGAUGACAAUAAAUAAUCUAAAUAUAAUGAAAAAUUAUUCUCAGUGGAAUUUGGUUGUCUUACAUCCAAACUUUAAAAGCUUGUAUCAAGUAUUCAGCUUCAACUAUGAACCGCUUGGAAACAUCAAUGAUACAGGAAUGUUUUGGGGGAUUGAGUACUAUAAUGCCAUGUUACUACAAGAAGGUGAUAGUGGAAAUGUGCAAACAGAAAUUUUAUUGCACAAAGAUGAAGAUUUCACUUUUAGAGAAGGAUGGGCAGGAUGGGCUUUACCCAGAAGAGUUUUGUUUAAUGGUGAUGAAUGUAUGAUGCCACAACCAGAUGAUUAUCCAAGGCUACCCUAUUAUGCUCACACUAAUUUCAUAAUUAGUUCUAAUAAUUGA